AUGGAAAUAACGUUGAAGGGUUUCCCUGCGAAGGUCGUAAAUAUUCCAUGGAGGAAUAAUAACCUCAGUACUCUGUAUACAGACCCGCCUCUGUCCGAACAAGGAGAGACCAUCAUUGGAGUCUAUCUGCUAGUAUUGGGAUGGCUGUCCUGGUUUGGAAACAGUUUAGUGAUGUUCGUCCUGUACAGACAGCGAGCCUCGCUUCAGUCAACAGAUUUCCUCACUUUAAAUCUUGCCAUAUCUGAUGCAAGUAUCUCCAUAUUCGGCUACUCCAGAGGGAUCCUAGAAAUAUUCAAUAUCUUCAAGGAUGAUGGGUAUUUAAUCACCUGGAUCUGGACGUGCCAGGUAGAUGGUUUCUUCACCUUGCUCUUCGGCCUUGCAAGCAUCAACACCUUGACUGUUAUCAGCAUCACCAGAUACAUCAAGGGAUGCCACCCAAACAAAGCUUACUGUAUCAGCCAUAACACCAUCGCUGUAUCGCUAAUCUGCAUUUGGACCGGAGCGAUGUUUUGGUCUGCUGCUCCACUGCUGGGCUGGGGCAGCUUUACAGAUCGAGGUUAUGGCACCUGUGAGAUAGACUGGGCUAAAGCCAAUUACUCCACCAUCUACAAGUCCUACAUCAUCUCCAUCCUCAUCUUCUGCUUUUUCAUCCCUGUGAUGAUCAUGCUGUUCUCCUACGUUUCCAUCAUCAACACAGUGAAAAGCACUAACGCCAUGUCAGCUGACGGUUUCCUCACCUCCCGCCAAAGGAAGGUGGAGAGAGAUGUCACAAGGAUUUCCAUUGUAAUAUGCACGGCUUUCAUAAUGGCCUGGUCCCCAUAUGCAGUGGUGUCUAUGUGGUCAGCCUGGGGCUUCCACGUGCCAAGCACAACCAGCAUCGUCACCCGUCUCUUUGCCAAGUCUGCCAGCUUCUACAACCCGCUCAUCUACUUCGGCAUGAGCUCAAAGUUUCGUAAGGACAUCUCUGUGCUGCUGCCGUGCACACGAGAGCGCAGGGAGGUGGUGCGUCUGCAACACUUUCAGAACAUCAAACCCAAAGCCGAGGCCACGCCCCCAUCUGCACCACUUCCUAUCCAGAACCCCGAGGUGAAAUACGCCGUAUCGAAUCCUGACAGCGACUCGGGGGUCAACAGCCCACCACAGACUCCUCCAUCUGACCCACAGGGGGUCUACCACAAUGACCUGCCCUCACACAUUGAGACGUCAGAGUACUGGUGCGACCGGCUCUGA